AGUUUGAAAAGAAAAUACAAUAAAAUUAUAAAUGGGACAGAAUUAAGAUUAAUUAGUUAAUCUUAUUAAAGUAGAAAUUGAUUCACAUUAUUUACUAAUUUGUAAAAUCUUCAAUUGUGAUUAAAAUAACUAUAAAUUAAGUGUAAUCUUCACAAUGGAUCCAGAAAACAAAACAGAACCAUCGCAACAAUUAACAACGUUAACUGCGACAGUUUUAAACGAUGACAACACUAAAUUAAAAUUUAAAACACCAUUUGAAUCAAUUCGGGUUAAACGUAACCCAAUUGAGUGGACUGAUGUCGAAACUAAAUUCAGACGAAGUCCAUUGCGACAUCAGGAUAGUACGAUGACCAGAGUGACCGAUACAGCGGAAACAUUUUGUCUCAAAAGUCCAAUAAUCCAAUGGCUUUUAGCGAUAUUCCCGUGUAUCAAUUGGAUGAGAAAAUAUAACAUCAAGAACAAUUUACUUUCGGAUAUAAUUACGGGUGUCACAGUCUCAAUUAUCCAUGUUCCCCAAGGAAUGGCCUAUGGCCUAUUGGCGGGUACAAGUCCAGCGAACGGACUUUACGUUUCCUUUUUUCCGGUUCUAAUUUAUGCUCUUAUGUCACAAAGUCGACACGCAUCUUUAGGUACAAUGGCGAUUACAAGUAUAAUGACCAGUAAUGUGGUCAAUAACUUUGGUGCAAUUCCACAGGCAAGUUUGAAUUCAACUCAAUUAGAAUCAAUUGAAAAUCGUCCGCCGACAAUUGAAGAGGUGAUCACCUGUUUAUCCUUAAUUUGUGCGUUAAUCAUGUUAAUUGCUGGAAUAUUUCAAUUAGGAGCUUUAUCGUUAGUCCUUUCAGAGCAAAUGUUAACCGCUUUUGCCUGCGGGGCAACUGUUCACAUCGCAACGGCUCAAAUUGAAUCAAUAUUGGGAAUCAAGCUCAACAAAUAUUCAGGAGGCCUCAAGUUAAUCUAUACUUGGAUUGAAGUGAUGAGAAAAAUAUUCACCACUAAUUUAGCUUGUUUGAUAAUAUCGAUAAUUGUGAUAUUUUUCAUGGUCAGUGUGAAGGAGUUUCUUGACCCAUGGUUGAAGAAAAAGUUAAGGUCAUCGAUUUCAAUUCCGAUUGAAUUGUUACUCUUAAUUGUUGCCACUUCGCUUUCGUGGAAAUUUGAUUUCAAUGGUAAAUAUGGUGUUCCCAUUAUUGGUGAGAUUCCCUCGGGUUUACCUGAGUUUAAAGCUCCUCGUCUUGACCUGGCAGUCCCUAUGAUGCCCGAUGCCGUUGUCGUGGCUUUGGUCAGUUACACGGUCACGUUGACCGCUGGUCUUUUAUAUGGUAAACGGUAUAAAUAUGUUGUCGAUCCAAGUCAAGAGUUAAUCGCUCUUGGGUCGGCUAAUCUAUUGGGCUCGUUUACUAGUUGUUUUCCGGCCACAAGUGGAAUCAGUCGAAGUCUAUUGAUGGAGAAAUCGGGAGUUAAAUCACAAUUAGCGUCCAUCAUCUCGUCGGUCAUCCUUUUGGUCAUCAUUCUUUACUUGGGUCAUUUGUUUUACACUCUGCCGAAGUGUGUACUUGGAUGUAUUAUUCUGGUCUGUUUGAAAGGGAUGUUGAUGCAAUCGACGAACCUUGUCCGAUUAUGGAAAAUAUCCCGACUCGAAGGUCUCUCUUGGGCGAUCACUUUUUUCUCGGUCAUUGCGAUUGACGUUGAUUACGGAAUCAUUUUCGGAAUUGCGUCCUCGCUUCUCAUUCUGCUUGUUCAAUUUAUUCUGCCGAAAGCAACGAUAAGAGGAAUCUUACCAUCGACGGAAAUUUACGUUGAUAUCAAUCAGUUCAAAGACGCUCAAGAGAUUCCCGGAUUGAAGAUAUUCAGAUUUUCAAGUGCUCUUUUCUUCCUUAAUCAGGUCAAUUUCCGUGAUUCAGUUUAUCGUCUUUGCUUGAAUCGAAGUUACGUUCAACUAAUGAAAUUCUUGGAGAAGAAACAAAAUCCUCACUUCAGAAUUCAAACUGUAAUCAUCGAUUGUUCAACCAUCGCUUUCGUUGAUUCAACCGGUGUCGAGGUCAUUUUAGAGGUUAUUACCACUCUUAAAGAAUUCGGAAUUCGAUGUCAUCUCGCUUCAUGUACAGCCUCACUUAUGGCCAUGUUCGAGCGAACCUCGUUCAGAGAUCAUUUACCCGCUGAUUAUUCAUCGAUAUUCCCAAUGGUCCAUGAUGCGGUCAUUUAUCAUCUUCAACAUUCUUACUCAGGCCAAUCCAGUUCGACACUAGUACCAGUCUCACCAUCAGCCCGUUUUUAGAAAAAUAUUAAAAAAUUUCAAUUAGAAUUGAUUUACAAAAAAUAAUCAAUAAAAGAACAUGAAAAUUAAUUGUUCAUCAAUAAUUUCAACCAAUUCGUAUUCAUAUCAAUAGUUUAUCAAGAACAGUCGAUCUCAAGGAUUAGGUCCAUUUCCUUUCAUUUUCAUCCAAUUAAGAUCCUUGAUAAUCAAUUCAAGUUAAGACAAAUAAAACACCAAUUUAGUUGAUAUGAAGUGCGAAUCAACUAGACAAUCAACAAUCAGAAUUAAAUGUAAACAAUCAAAGUUAAUCAUCGACUUUUAUUCGCGAAAGUAGCGACACCUGGUAAUCUUUUUUCGAAAUUUUCAACCUUGAAAAUUGAAAUUUCUCAUUUGUUUACAUCAACAAUUCUAAUUGUUGACCUUUAGUUGAUUGUUUGUUUAUCUUAAUUGUGACUUUUAAUCGACCUUUAAUUUGUAAACAAUUAGAUGCAAACAGUUAAUUGUUACUUCUUCUUCUUCUUCUUCUGUAAACAUAUUUUCUUUUCGUUUGUGAGUAAAAUCUUAAAAUUUGGUUAACUGAGUUUCUUUUUCGGGCUCAUCUUUUUUUGGGUUUUGUCUUUUUCUUAACUUGUUUCCAUCUCCUUAAAAUAAACUAUUACCUUCUCUUAAUUGUAACUGUUAACUCAUCAUCAUUUGCCAGUUCAUCGUGUUCUAGUUUACUUGAUUUAGGUUAUAAUCAAAUCGACAAUUGAAGUGCUAUUAUUAAUUAUGUUGAUUGAUUGUGUCAACUAACAAAACAGGAGACAUACGAGAUUUUUUGUUUUCUCCCAUUUGAUUAAAGGAAAAUCAAUUGAUCGCAAUUAAUUAUCACCAACACAGUUAACUAAUUAUCUUCUUUGUGAUUCUAUUGAUUGAUUGUUGUGUUUAGAUUUAAAAAUCUCUGUGAUUUCCAAAAAAAAAAGUCAGAGAAAAGUAUUGAUUGUUUUUCUCUUCUUUUUCGAACAAUUUAUAUUUUCUAUUCUCUUUUGAUUGUUAUUUUCAAAAGUUCUAUUUUCUCAUUAUUAUUACAUAAUCAACAAGUUCUUCUCAUUAACUUUAGCUGAUUCUUUCGUCGCCAUUUUCAAUUGUCCCUUACGAUUGCAUAAAAUGUUUAAGUGAAUCAAUUUAAUCACCAGAAGUGAUUGAAAAGUGAAUCAACAAUUAGUGUCCAUCAUUGUGAUUUAACAUUGACACCAUUUAGAAUCAAAGAAACAAAGUUUAAAUGUUACAGACUAAAAGUGUCUUCAUUAGCUGAUCCAGUGUCAAGACAAGACUAUGGAGGUGGAAGUGGAAGCGGAAGUGAACCUUUAAUUCCUGGAGAAGAAGAAAGUGAUUCAACCGAAGCUCCUUUACCAGGAAUAAUUGGAAGAGCUCGUGAAGGUUUACAAAGAUUCAGAGAAAACGCUGGCGAUUUCUGGGAGGGAAUUCGAGACCGAGUCAGUGAUUGGUUCGAUACCGAUUAGAACGGAAACAUUUUAUUAGAAUAAUAUUCGUUUAUUUUUGCCAUCACUCACUCAUCGUCGCCAUUUUUCACCAUCAUUUACAUAAAUUCAUCUUCUUUCACGAAUAUCAAACCUCCUUUACUAAUUUAACCUCUUUUUCAAUCAACUUUUCAUCAAUCGAACCACAAAUCCAUCAAUUGAUUUACAUCUUUAUUGGUACGAGAUUCAUGAUUCAGUUUUGUUCACCAAACAAUCAACUAAUCACAAGAAUUAACCGUCCAAUUAAGCAUCUAAACGAUGAUCAAACCUCUAAUUGUGGUGAAAAAAAUUGUUAAUCACAAUGUUCUUGUACUAAUCUUCAUCAAUUCAGCUCUCUCUCUCUCUAAACGGAAUUUAGUUGAUCCGUAUAAAUUAUUAUAUUGUCAACAAUUAAAGGGAAAAUUUAAUCGGGUCAGUUAAUUAACACAAUCUCAACGAAAAUAAUUAUUAAUUAAAACAAUUUACCGAAUUACAAUGA